AUGACGGACGACGACGGUUAUUUUUUCGAAUUUAUGUCUUGUGAAUGUGAACUCUUGUUGUGUCAUUGAAUUUCAAAUUCAAAUCUUCAAAAAUCGUUUUUAAGUUUCAAUCUCGUUGUAAAAAUAAUUUUAAAGACAUGACAUCAAAUUAACGGUUAUGAUUAAAUUAUUAAUAUAUAAACCCAACAAAUAGCUUGGACCAUAAUGUAUUUCCAGAUCGAAAAUACUCCUGAAAAUGUGAAAAGAGCACGGAAGAAGAAAAAUGUUGAAGUUAUUCAAGAAGAAUGUCCCAGACUAAUCCUGGCCCCUUUCUCAAAACCUCCUCAAGUAGUAUUCGAUAAUAUUGUCAUAGGAACAACAUGUGAAAAGGAGUUGGAAUUGUCAAAUCCAACAAAAAAUGCUCAACAGAUAACAUUGGCUGAAACCCUACCACCAGGGUUAACUAUAAAUUUGCCAGGAGAAUGCUUGGAAAUUGAACCAGAAACAUGCUACUGUGUGUCCAUGGAAUGGACUCCCGCACAGAUCAUAUCAAUGCGAAAGACUAUACGGUUCACUAAUGAAAAUAGAGGGCGCUAUGAUAUUAUUGUUGUCUUGAAAUCUGUUAUGCCUGCUAAAGGAAAAUGCAAUCAGUCAAAAGUCAAGACUUCUCCUGGAAAAAUUAAGAAAAGGACAACAAAGAAAUCACCUGUUGCACUCAACAAAAAGAAAAUCGAAGCUGUUUGUAGUACAGGAGCUAUUAAGAAAAGUGUCAGUGUUGCACAGUCAACACAAUAUAAAGUUUUCAGUGCUACCAACAAAGAAAACAAUGAUCCCCAUAAUGACUAUUCAAUGGAUUCAAAUUUUUAUAACUAUAAUCCUUUCAACUCAUUAUCAAGUUCGGAUAUUAGAACAUCAGACUUAUUUUCCAAUAUGCAACGUCCAAAGCCAACUUUAUAUGAUACUUAUGAUAAAUCUGACAUAAAACUCGUAGAUGAUUCAGCACAUGUUUCUAAUAAUGUACUGAAGCCUUUUAACAAACAAGCAUGUGCAAAUACUUCAGCUUCAGAUUUAUUUGAUAAUCUUACUUUCACACCUCUUAAAGGUAUUCAAUCAAAAAAUGAUAAAUUAGAGAAAGGGCCCAAAGUUAUAAUCAGUGUUAACUCCGACAGUGAUUUUGAUGAUAGUGUAGAUAUUAAAAAUAGUAAUAAAGAAAAUGAAACUCAUUCUAUUAUAUGUGUGACAUCAAUACAGCAGCCAACCAAGUGGCUGACGAAUGUACAUGAAAAUACUCAGUCUAAUGAAACUCCAGUACUCAAGAAAAAAAUUCCAAAUACAUCUUCGCCAAAAGACUUCAACAGUCCAAAUUUUUCUAUCAAUACUGAUUUUUCACGUAUCAGUGAAACAUCCUUCUUACCGCAAAGAUAUUCAACUGAACGUAAAGUUUAUCCCAAAAUGAAUAAUGAAACUCACGACAUCGUGGAUGAUUCAAAUAUGAAUGUUAAAAUAAGUUCUGAUACUUACACUAAAGAAUCACCUAUUACUCCUCUGGAUUAUCGCACUAACAGGCUGAACUCUGAGUUUAGGCAUUUGCCGAACUUCAUGAAAGAGCCGUUCCCAAAAAUGUGUCGGCAAUCGCUAUUUAAAGAACAACAACAUUAUAGAGACUUAAAUGAAAGAAAUUACUUGGCUAUGUCUGAAAAUUUCCGAUGGCACAAUGAUAUGUCCGUCAGAUCUCCACCUCGAUCAUUGACGCCUCCAUUGCAGUCUAUACCGGAAGAAAGCAUACAGUUCUCAGGAACACAAAUCUCAGAUAAACACACCGCAACGUUUACAAUAGAUCAAACUUUCGCUAGACCUAGUGACGUAUCGUUCGCGUCUACAGAUCGACAAUUAAUGUGGUCUAAAAGCUGCAAAAGAGCUGAACCGCCGGUAUGGAAAAUACCUGCGCCUGUGACUAAAAAGUCUAUCAAAACAAAGACUAAGGAAUCACUGAAUAACAAAAGAAAUUCGAUUCAAGAAAAAAAUACAAGCGUCAAUCAAAAUAGCUAUCUAAAUUACGUUGACGAUGUUUAUUCUCAAUCUUUCACUGUAGACCCAUUUUUGUCAUCGACAUAUUAUUAUGAUAAGGAUGCUGUGGAAAACUUUGAAAGGGAGUUUAAAAAGUGGCUUAAUUGCAUUUUGACACCACCUGCCGAUUUAGAUAGUAAUAUAGAGCAAAAAGUAGACGUAGCCAAAGCCUGGAUAGAAAAUCGGAACAAAGAAGUACCACUCGCUCCGACAAAGGAGCAAGUAUGCAACGCAUAUCAUAAUAGUCACAGAUUGGAAAGCUUACGAAGAUCCGCUCGGACGCUGUUGCGCAGCCCUGAAAUCAAUCAAGUGUACCUCAAACUCCAAGCACAGAUCGAAAAGAAAUUAAUUGCUAUAAGGAACGACAAAAAUCUACACCUAGAUGUUGGCCUUCAGAAGAUUAUAAUGGAGAUCCUGCUUUCUUAUAACCCAUUGUGGCUUCGUAUUGGGCUAGAAGUGAUCUACGGUCUCAUUUUACCUUUGAAGUCCAACAACGACUUUGAAGGUUUAACAACUUUCAUAAUCCAUCGUAUGUUUAAAAAUCCGAAUUUGAAGAACAAACAUUCAAAAACGUCAGCACCUAACAUGCUUUUACCUGCUUACAUAGAAGCCAUAAAAAAAUUUACUCUCAAAAAAUUUUUCAUCUUAGUGUUCUUCUUGGAUCAAGCUAAACAGAAAAAGUUGAUCCCUCACGAUCCAUGUUUAUUUAGGAGAAAUGCGCUUUACAAAGAGAGCAAGGAAAUUAUAAUUAAUUUCACAAAAGAGUUGAUUGCUGGAAUCGGGGAUAUCACUAAGCAUCUUCGUCCGCUCGGCUAUGUCGUCAGUCACAAGCAGUCUUACCUCGACGAGUACAUAUUUGCUGUGAAAAACAUAGCAGUCGAUAUACGAGACGGAGUUCGAUUGACAAAAGUAAUGGAGAUAAUUCUCAUGAGAAAUGGACUGUUACAUCAACUCCGAACGCCGGCUGAAAACAGACUUCGAAAGAUACAUAACGUGCAAGUUGCUCUGAACGCGUUGAAAGAAGCUAACUUUGUUAUCGUCGGUGACAUCUCUGCUGCCGAUAUAGCGGAUGGUCACAGGGAAAAGACAUUAUCUCUUUUAUGGCAGCUUAUACAUGUUUUCCGUGCACCGUUAUUCGUGACAGCAGCUACUACUAUCCAGACGUGGUGGAGGAAGAAGUACGAAGUAAUUAUUGCGAAGAGAAAAGAGGAAGAGAGAUUACUCGCUCGACUUAACACUGCAUCAAGUAAAAUUCAGUUUUGGUGGCGAAAAAUUCAGUACAACCGUAUGGUCGAACAUCGAAUGCAAAAAGACACGAAAAUGGCCAUAAUUAUUCAAAAAUAUUGGCGCAUGUGGCUUUGUCGAAACCAGCUUAGGAAACUUAAAUUGAGUGUUAAUAAAAUAUCUGAGUUUUAUAUAAACUGUAAAUUGAAGAAACAAGCAAAAGAAACACUUCAAUUAUUGAGAGCACAAAAAGAGCUGAGAUAUAAAUCUGCUAUUUGUAUUCAAAGAUACUUCAGAGCCUAUCUUAAAAAGAAGGACCAAAGGAACAAAUAUCUGCGAUUAAAAACAUUUGUGAUUUUGAUACAGGUUCGAUAUCGAAGCAUUUUGACAAUGCGACGUGAGAGGGCCGCUUAUUUGAAACUUAGGAAUGCAGUAGUAUUAAUACAGAGAAUAUACAGAGCCAAUAAAUUAAUGAAAGAAUCUCGAUAUGAAUAUGAGAAGUUAAGAGAGGCAGCUCUUGUUGUACAAUCACGAUAUAGAGCUUUAAUACUGAUGCGCGAGAUACGAGCAAAUUACAUAAAACUGAAAUCUUCCUGCAUUAUCAUCCAGAAUGCAUACAGAGCAUACUUGCAAGGCAAAGAGCAACGGCAAAUAUACCUUAACCAAAAACGAUCUGCAGUAACGAUUCAAAGAUGGUAUAGAUCCUUAAAACAAGCAAAAGAAAUAAGACAACAGUAUGUAAUAAAGAAACAAGCUUGUACCACUAUACAAAUAUUUUGCAAAGCAUAUAUUGUUGGCAAAAAACAAAGACUCGAGUAUAUUAAUAUGAAGACUGCUACUGUGUGUAUUCAAAAACAUUUCCGUAGUUAUUUAUUGACGAAAAGUAUUAGGACAGAGUUUCUAGAAAUGAAGAAAUCGACAGUUGUGAUUCAACGAUUUUACAGAUCAUGGUUGGAAACGAAGAAACUUAGAGAAAGAUACCUAAAGAUUAGACAGGCAACCAUAACUAUUCAAUUAUAUUACAGAGAAUAUCUGAUAACUAAAACCACACGACAAGCUUAUUGCAAUUUAAAAUCAGCGGCAAUUUGCAUACAACAACGAUAUAGAAGUCUUUUAUCUAUGAGGGUAGACAGAGAACUAUAUUUGAAUCUGCGUCGUUGUACUAUAAAUAUUCAAAGAAGAUUUAGGGCUCUUUUGGCUAUGAAAAGGCAAAGACACGACUACUUAAGACAGCGGGCAGCUAUUAUAACAAUCCAAAAAUCAUUUAGAUCUUUAUCUCUUAUGAAGCUAGAAAGGAGUAAAUAUUUAAGAUUGGUGCAGUCAUGUAUCACAAUCCAAACGCGUUAUAGAGCCUACAAAGUUGGCAAAGAUCAAAGAAAUAAAUAUUUACAGUUGAAAAAUGCCGCAAAUAAAAUCCAUCAAAGAUUUAGAGCUUUAAAGGAGAUGCGAAAGGAAAGACAAAGGUACUUGCAAGAACGCUCAGCUGCUGCAACGAUCCAACGACGAUUCAGAGCACGUAGGUUGAUGUUGCAAGAAAGGUCUAUGUUUACGAAGACGGUAGCUGCUUGCGUCUCUAUACAGCGAUUCUACAAAGCACACUUAAUCGGCGUAAAACAAAGAGAAACGAACACGAUAAUGAGAUCCUCCGCAAUCAUUAUUCAAAGACGUUGGAGAGAAUAUAGAAAAGCGAAAAUGGAACGUAACUCUUUUAUCAAAUUACGAAAUGCGACAAUUUUAAUACAACGUCUCUUUAGAUCUAAGAUCGAAACUCGCAUGAUGGUGAGGAAAAUGGCGGUUUUUAAAAUCCAGACAUGGUACUUGUCUAUCAAACAGCGCAACGAAUGUCGGUCUAAAUUUAUCGAUAUCAGAUCAAAAAUAAUCACUUUGCAGGCCUGUUACCGUGCGUACAUAUGUCGCAAGCGUUACCUUUCUAUGAGACAAGCAUCCAUCACAAUACAAAGAUAUUACCGUAAUUAUAAAUUGGCGAAAUCUCAAAGAGAAAGUUACAUUCGUCUCAAAUGGUCCGUAAUUAAGUUGCAAGCUUACGUUCGGGGAUCCAUUCAAAGGAGACGUUACUUGAGAUUGCGCGAAACGGUGCUGACUGCACAAGCCGUGUACAGAUUCAAGAAACAUUUAGCACUUGUUCUAAAACGCAGAGACGAGGCAGCGAUAUGCAUUCAGAAAAAUAUUCGUCGUUUUUUGACACAAUCCCGGUACAAUCUACUCAGAGAAAAAGUUAUUUUUAUCCAAAAAAUAUGGAGGAGUAAGCUUGCAGCGAGAUUGGUACGUUGCGAAUUUUCGCAAAAGAGAAGAAUUGUUGUGAAAUUGCAAGCCGCUAUCAGAGGGUUUUUGGCGCGCAAAGAUUUCCAAAAUAGAAAAGUGGAUUAUUUGAAAACAAAAGAUGAAAGGAGACGGAAUUGGGCUGCUUUGAAAAUUCAGGCCCUGUUCAUCGGACACAUGGCCCGGAAAGCCGCGGGCGCGCGCGCAGCACGCAUACGCAGUCGCUGGCGCAACGGCGCGCUGCUGUCCGACCAGCCGACGCUCAAGGAGAGGAACGAAGAAGCGCUGAAUAUCAUAUUUAAAUUUUCGGACAUCGCCAAAGUUUUAGAUGCGUUUGAAUCUCUAAAGCUGCUCACGGAAGUGAUGCCAGUGGCGUUCGAGGCGGAUGCGCCGGCGGUGGUAAAGCGUGUGUUCCUGUACAUGUCGACGAUGAACCGCUCCAUCUCCAGCGUGGAGGUGCUGCGCGCCGGCGCCGGCGUGCUCGUCAACUUGACCCGAUACAGGGGCACUGGCCCGCAGAUAUACACGAGAGAUCUCAUCUUACCGACACUCAAGUUCAUGUGGCGCUUCUGUAGUUCUGAUCCACAAUUGUUCUGCAUUUUGUCAACAUACAUCUGGCUGUUUUCGAAGUAUGACUCAAUAAAGAAGGAUUUAACCGAGUACCUGCAUAUGCCAGAGAACCAUAAAAUAUUAGUGUCGAUCAAGGCCAAUACACACCGAAUGAAAAGGAUGCACCAGAAUUUGAGGAACAGUGUAUACAGUACCCCUCAACCGUCCUGCGCUUACACGCGUACGUCCAACCAGUGCAACAUGUCGCUGUGGGCUGAGAACAGCUUCAGUAUUUGCCGUGCCAAUGGUAAUGCCAGUAUCGUGUUGCCUGCCACAGAGCCAGACUAUGGCAUUGUCCGUGCCAAUAGUCCGCAAUAUUUCGAGAAUGCUCAGGACGCAAUUACCUGUAUAUAUGACGUUUAUGGCUUACAACACCUUUCUGGGUAGUUUGAGUUUAUAAAAUAAGUACAAAAUCAUGAUUUUUCUGGUGCCAAUUGGGAAUAUGCACGUUUUCUUAUAUUCUUAGUUGUUUUUGACUUAACAAAACUAUGAUAAAAGUGAAAUCCUGAAACAUAACUUAUAAUUUUCUGCAAAAUAAACUCUGCAUG